CACGUCUGCGCACUGUGAGCCCUGGAGCUAAGUUUGGAGCUUUUUUAGCUGGCAGCCCUGGCCCAUCAUGUAGGUGCAGCAGCGCCCGAGAUCACGGCUGCAACUGCAAAAAAAGAGCAUUGCAAAAAAUCAGGGAAGGGGAGUUAUUUAAUCUGCAUUCACCUUUUUUUCUGUCAAAGCUGUGCAAUACUCUUCCAGCCUACAGGGAGAUCAGUAACAUCGGUUUGGAAAAAAAAAAAAAACUCCUUUGCAUGAAGCCUGAAAGCCCGCAGUUUGCAUCUUUGUUGCAAAACUAGCUCCAGGAGAAAGCAAGGCAAAGUCUUUUGUGCACCCCUCCCCCAUCAAAGCAAAGGGGAGAAUGUCUCAGUCAAGAGGAGGUAAGAAAAGGAAUCCAGGGUUGAAAAUUCCAAAGGAAGCAUUUGAGCAGCCUCAAGCCAGCUCUCCAACGCCGCCUCGAGACCUUGACUCAAAAGCUUGUAUCUUAAUUGGAGAAAAGAAUUUUGAAGUGAAGGCAGAUGAUUUAGAACCCAUAGAAGAGCUGGGCCGAGGAGCCUAUGGGGUUGUGGAAAAGAUGCGUCAUGUACCUAGUGGGCAAAUUAUGGCAGUUAAGCGCAUCAGAGCAACAGUAAACAGCCAGGAACAGAAGCGACUUCUCAUGGACUUGGAUGUAUCCAUGCGGACUGUAGACUGUCACUUCACGGUCACCUUCUAUGGUGCAUUGUUUAGAGAGGGUGAUGUCUGGAUCUGCAUGGAGCUGAUGGAUACUUCAUUGGACAAAUUUUACAAACAUGUUAUAGAUAAAGGCUUAACCAUCCCAGAGGACAUUCUUGGAAAAAUUGCAGUUUGUAUUGUUAGAGCGUUGGAGCAUCUACAUAGUAAAUUAUCCGUAAUUCACAGAGAUGUCAAACCUUCAAAUGUGCUAAUAAAUACGCAAGGCCAAGUGAAGAUGUGUGAUUUUGGGAUCAGCGGGUAUCUGGUGGAUUCUGUAGCCAAAACAAUGGAUGCCGGUUGCAAACCAUACAUGGCUCCUGAAAGGAUAAAUCCUGAAUUAAAUCAGAAGGGGUACAGUGUGAAAUCAGAUAUCUGGAGUUUAGGAAUUACUAUGAUUGAACUGGCUAUCCUGAAGUUUCCUUAUGAUUCCUGGGGCACCCCCUUCCAACAACUCAAACAGGUGGUGGAAGAGCCAUCCCCACAGCUGCCCGCAGAUAAAUUCUCAGCAGAUUUUGUCGACUUUACCUCAAAAUGCUUGAAAAAGAAUUCCAAAGAACGUCCAACCUACCCAGAGCUUAUGCAACUCCCUUUCUUUACACUGCAUGAAGCGAAGACUACGGACGUGGCAUCAUUUGUUAAAAGUAUCCUGGGAGAUUAAGUUUCUGCACAGCUCCUCAUAAUCUCUGCACAGACUUUUCCUCCAAUCGGAAACAAGAGGCGGUUUAAAAUGGCCGUGAAGUGUAGUAGUACUGCGUAAAUGGACUCUGAUUAUUUCCUCGAUACGGAAUGAUCUUACAUUAGUGGAAAUUUUACCCUGUGCUGCCUUUGGGCUGUUGCAGAGGAAAUGCAGAGGUUAACACAAGCCUCAUAUCAAGAGGGGAGUAAUUAUUUGCUGCCGAACGAGUUUAUAGCAAUUUAGGUUUCUUAUUCUUUUUAAUAGCCUUUUUUUUUCCCAGUUUGGUUUUAGGUGCUACUUUUAGUUUAUUUUUUCUUGUAGGUUUUCUUUUCUUUUCUUACUGUCAUUCAAGAAGAAAGAAAAAAAAAAAAAAGUAUUUAUGUUUAUUGUACCACCUGCGGUCUACAUCACAUUCUGGUUGUAAAAUGUUAGUAACCAAAGGUUCCUUGUAGACUUAAAAUAGGUGCAUCGUUUUACAACCAGUGGUUAAAUAUACAGUUGGAAUGUGAUCUAUGCCUUAUUUUUUAUGAGAGGAAACAAAUAUAUUUGGAGGAGCGUGGUCAGAAAUAUUUAUAGGGCUUUGCUGGUGAAACGGUGAAAAUUGUUUUGCAAUGUUUUAUGUUAACUAUUUAAUGUUUUUUUUUGUUUGUUUUUUGAGGAUCUUUAUCAAUUUGGCUGUGAGAAUAUUGGUGAUUUUUUUUUUUCUCACAAAAUUUUUAGUUUAUGAUGAAAUGAGUAGCAAUAUAAUUCAGACACACUUAUCAGAGGCCUUCAGUAAAUAAGGUAGUGUUUUACUAGAAAUUUUGUAAAGGUAUUAUUUCUUAUUAUUUUUAUUUCCCGAGUAUCUUCUAACUUAGCACACAUUACUGAAAAAUCUUUUAUUUCUCUGGUGUAGAUCAUACUGUAACUCUAAUAAUUGUUUAAUAUGUUUAGGAAUAUACCACAAAUAGUUUAAUCAGUACUUUGUAACUUGAAGUGGUCUACAAUAUUUCUGCGAACUGCUGAGGCCUCUGAGAUUAAUACACUGCACAAAUGAUCCAUUUUAACUAGGAUUUUUUUUUUUUUAAUGAUCAGUUUUGCUUGUACUUCUGUAUGUUACAAGUUUUAAUUUGACACUUAGAAUAUAUACAUAUGUUUUUUUGUUGGCUGUAAGGUCUUUUAAGCAUUUAAUUUUGUCAUCAAAUACUUUUUUGACACCCUUUUCUGAGAAAUUGGCAGCCGAUACACUUUAUUCCCUUUUGAAAUGAAAUUCAGUCUAUUUUUCCCAAAAUUUGCAAACAGAAUUUUAUUUUUUUAUGGGUUUUAACUGAUUUCUGCCCUAUAGGGGUUGAAACUAAUUCAGAAUAACAUUUGAUUGUAUCUGCAACUACCAACAAUGUUUGUACUGUUGAAUUAAAUUCAGGAAUUCCCCAACUGGAAAUAAAGAUUGCUUGACUAUUUUUA